CAACUGCCUUCUAUUAUCAACUAUUAAACAUAUACAACCAACAGGACAAAAAACUAAUUGGGUAUGGGAUAAUGUUGAUAUUAAUAUUAGUGAUGAUGGAUACAGACAUUGUCAAGUUCUAGUAGAAAAGAAUGACAAAAAAAACUAUUUGUGA